AUGGCAUCUGUCCGCAAGGUGCUACAGAGUAGUGCGUACAUCACUGAGGCCGCGCUCCCUGCCAUCAGGACCUCGACACGACGUGUCAUCAUAUGUGAAGGCUCUGAUUCCCAACUACUAUGUGAUCGGGGUGAGAUCCAUAUUCAGCGUGCCAACUAUGGUCGUUGUCAACACGAUGUGUGUUCCAUUGGGCGCCCACAGGAACAACUCAAAAACACCAACUGCAUCAACCAAUCCACCACCAGCACAAUGGCAGAAAGGUGUGACGGAGAGCGCCAGUGUAUUGUCAAGGUAUCCAACUCCGUGUUCGGCGACCCCUGUGUCGGAACUUAUAAGUACUUGGAUGUGGCUUACACCUGUGACUGA